AGGCAGUUCAGUUCGAGUCGGAUCGUCGCGAAGAAUAGACGCACAUUGCACAUCGCUCCUGUAACGGGCGUACAGUCAAACGAAAACCAUUCUAGAGUGUACAGCAUAAGCUUUUCAAUUGCGACUAACAAACAUCUCUCUGGAUGUCGUGUGUGUACGCGGAGCAAUCAAGGGUAGUGCGAGCAGGCAAAGUAUCUUUUUGAAGUUUGUCUUAAAGAAGAAAGAAGAAACCAACGGAUAUCAAGAAACCAAAGUGUGGGGCGAAGAACACCAUGAAAAUUAUAACAGCCUACUGCUGCUCCAACGGAGUCGUGUGAAAUGAACUGAGUAAUAAAAGCAGAAGAAAGCUCAGAAAAAAUUAAAUGUCGAAUGAAGAGCCAGCAGACGAAGAGUGGUGAAUAUAUUAAAAAUGAAAUAACAGUGCAGCGAUAGUUUGUGAAAUAUUUGGAAAUCGUGCUCAUAUUUAUUGGGCGAGUUCUUUCUUCGGUUGGUUUCGGUUCGUUUGGUUCCGGUUUCCGUGUUCUGUUGCUUCGAGCCUGAUUUUUGGAAGAAGAAAAAAUCGAUAACACACAGAGCAUUGGAGGCAGUCGAAAAGUGAAGAAAAGUUGGAAGAUGUUUACCUUAUGAUAUUGAAUCAAAACGUAUUUUAAAGUAGUAGGCGGUCAGCUAACGCUCCGCAGUGUAGUAGUCCUGUGAGGAAGGAAGAUAGUGUUGAGCUUAGUAACUUGGCCAUUACCAUCACGAAGCAAAGAAAAAAAAAUGGAGCGCCGCAGGACUUUAGCACAGCCGUUCGUGCUGGUUAUGGCGAUCUCCGUAGUGCUCGGUUCGCAGUGCAAUUGGGAGUACGAGAAAACCAGUGUAACAUGUCGCUUGCGAACACUGGAACGAAUCGGCCUAGAUUUGCAGGGUGCCGAAGGUACUUCCCGAUUAGAUAUUCAGUGCAGUGAGCUGAUUCUGUUUGAAAGUCAAUUACCGCAAAAUUCUUUUCUACGAUUAUCGAGCCUAAGUGAACUGAAAAUUGAGUCGUGCAAGUUGCUUCAGCUACCGGAGGGAGCUUUCGAGGGACUUACGGCUCUUAAGAAGCUUAGUGUGAAUACAAGAAACUAUGAGUGGGGAGCCGGAAAAGUUUUAGAGCUGCAAAGUCUCUCAAUGCAAGGACUAAAAGAACUACAAACGCUAGACCUCAGUGAUAACAACAUUCGUGCGCUACCGGAUGGAUUUUUGUGUCCGAUGACUAGCUUGAAAGUGUUAAAUUUAACGAACAAUCGAAUUCGAUCGACGGAGAGUCUUGGUUUAACCGGCAAAACGUGUAACGGUGGAUCAGAAAUUCAGACACUGAACCUAAGUUAUAACGAAAUUAUGAAGAUUCCUGAAAACUGGGGAGUGUCACGCUUACGUCGGCUACAGCAUUUGAAUUUAGAGUACAAUAACAUUACGGAGCUACACGGUGAAGCUUUGGCUGGUUUGAAUUCGCUGCGCACGCUGAAUCUCAGCUACAACCAUCUGGAAACUUUACCAGCGGGCCUACUUGCCGGUUCUCGUGAACUACGUGAAAUUCACUUGCAAGGAAAUCAGUUAUACGAGCUUCCAAGAGCGUUAUUCCAUCGAUUGGAACAACUGCUAGUUUUGGAUUUAUCCCGUAACCAGCUGUCAUCGCAUCACGUUGAUAAUGGCACUUUUUCUGGUCUGAUACGUUUGGUGGUGCUGAAUCUCGCUCAUAAUGCUUUGACUCGCAUAGAUUCCAAAACAUUCAAAGAGCUCUAUUUCCUGCAAAUUUUGGAUCUGCGAAACAAUUCCAUCGGAUACAUCGAGGACAACGCUUUUCUGCCUUUGUACAAUUUGCAUACACUCAACUUGGCCGAAAAUCGUUUGCACACGCUGGAUGACCGCCUAUUUAAUGGGCUCUACGUGCUUUCCAAGCUGACCCUGAACAAUAACCUCAUCAGCAUAGUGGAGCGUAAUGUGUUUAAAAACUGUUCCGACCUGAAGGAAUUGGAUCUAAGCUCGAACCAACUGUCAGAGGUUCCUCACGCCAUUCGUGAUUUGUCGGUUCUACGUGCACUCGAUUUGGGAGAAAACCAGAUAAACUAUAUCGAAAAUGGCACAUUCGCUAACCUAAAUCAGCUGACCGGCCUUCGGAUGAUAGAUAAUCAAAUCGAAAACAUUACCAUCGGAAUGUUCACCGAUUUACCGCGGCUGAGCGUGCUCAAUCUGGCGAAAAACCGGGUGCAAAAUAUUGAGCGUGGUUCAUUCGAUAAGAAUCUGGACAUUGAGGCGAUCCGGCUGGAUGGUAAUUUUCUGACUGAUAUUAACGGUAUUUUUGCUACACUUUCCUCGCUGCUGUGGUUAAAUCUCGCCGAGAAUCACCUCGUAUGGUUUGAUUAUGCGUUUAUUCCUAGUAACCUGAAGUGGUUGGAUAUUCACAGUAAUUACAUUGAAUCGCUUGGAAACUACUACAAGCUUCAGGAGGAAAUCAAAGUGAAAACGCUUGAUGCAAGCCAUAACCGGCUGACCGACAUCGGUCCGAUGAAUGUGCCUAACAGUGUUGAGCUGCUAUUUAUCAACGAUAACCACAUCAGCACCAUCCAUGCGAACACCUUCAUCGAUAAAAUUAAUUUGGCGCGCGUUGAUAUGUACGCUAAUUCACUGAAAAAGCUGCAACUGCAUCAGCUUCGUGUCGCACCGCAGCCGAUCGAUAAACCACUGCCAGAGUUCUAUCUCGGGGGCAAUCCGUUCGAGUGUGACUGCUCGAUGGAAUGGAUGCAGCGAGUAAACAACCUAACGGCUCGCCAACACCCUAAAAUCAUGGACCUACCGAAUGUCGAAUGUAUUAUGCCACAUGCUCGAGGAUCCCCGAUUCGACCGAUCGUGUUACUUAAACCAAAGGACUUCCUGUGUAAAUACGAAACCCAUUGUUUCGCACUGUGCCAUUGCUGUGAUUUCGAUGCCUGUGACUGUGAGAUGACCUGUCCGACCAAUUGUACGUGCUACCAUGACCAAACUUGGGGCACAAAUGUAGUCGACUGCGGUAACCAGCGAGCCUCGCUGUUGAAACCAGUUCCGAUGGAUGCUACCGAGGUUUACAUGGACGGGAAUGACUAUCCAGAGCUGCAAAAUCAUGCCUUUAUCGGGCGGAAAAAUCUGAAAGUACUGUUCGCCAAUGCCAGCCAGAUUAUCACCAUUCAAAACCGUACAUUCACUGGGCUUACCGCACUCCAGGUGCUCCAUCUGGAAGAUAACGCCAUCCAAAAGAUUCACGGUUAUGAGUUUGAAAACCUCGGCCUACUGAAGGAGCUGUAUUUGCAGAACAACAUGAUUUCUGUGGUGGCCAACAACUCAUUCGCACCGUUGUAUUCGCUGCAGGUGCUGCGGAUCGAUGGUAACCGGUUGACCACCAUUCCGAUGGCGCAGCUUCAGGCCACACAGCUGCAAAGUUUGCAAGCGCUCUCUCUGGGCCGUAAUUAUUGGAGCUGUCGGUGCCGGUUCAUGCAGGAGCUAACAUCAUUUGUGGCUGACAAUGCGGUCAUUAUCCAAGAUAUGCAAGAUAUUUACUGCGUCGACGAUGGCAUUCAUCGUGAUCUGGAUUUCAACGUGACGGCAGCAUGUAGUGAUUAUUAUGCCGGCAGUUCCGUUCUUCCGGAUAGGCUUUCCGAGACAUACAUAUUUCUGUUGGCCGCUGCACUGAUUAUUGCCUGUCUAUUGGUGUUUGUGCUGAUCAUGUUUAUUUUUCGUGAGCCGUUAAGGUUUUGGUUAUUCUCGCGGUAUGGCGUGCGAGUUUUUGGACCACGCUGCGAGGAUUCUGAGAAACUUUACGAUGCCAUAUUUAUCUACUCGGCCAAAGACGCGGAAUACGUAGCUAUAAAUAUCGCUGCUGAGCUGGAAAAUGGUCGACCGCCGUUGAGGCUCUGUUUGCAGCAUCGGGAUCUUUCAGAAGAUGCGACACAUUUGCAACUUUUGGAAGCGUCACGUGCUUCUCGAAGGAUAGUGAUGCUGCUUUCUCGAAAUUUCCUGCAAACCGAGUGGAGCAGAUGUGAACUUCGACGAGCGGUACACGAUGCACUAAGAGGCCGGCCGCACAAAUUAGUUGUGCUCGAAGAAGUUGGCGUGAUUCUGGAAGCGGAAAACGACGUCGAACUAGUUCCUUACCUAAAAACUACCACUGUAAAUAGAAUUAAACGUAGUGACCGGCACUUUUGGGAGAAGCUUCGGUACGCCUUGCCAGUGGAGGCACCAUACCGGGGCAACAAUUACACUAUCGAUCACCAUGAACGGGUCAAGCAGACCGUAAACACCGGGGUCAUGUUUCGUCAAGCACCUCCGGCCUACUGUCCGGAGAUCGAUGAAGCUAAUUACUCCUCGGCGACAACGGCAACACCCAGUCCGCGGCCAUCGCGACGCGGUAUGGUGGAGCUUCCACAGCGACCGCCAAGUGAACAUAUCUACUCCAGCAUCGAUUCCGACUACAGCACGCUGGAGUGCGAAAAUAUGGUUCCUGGUGUGCACCGGCCGUCAACGUGGCGACCCGGCGGUGUUGGCAGCAGUAUCCUAUCCGGUCAAAACACCGUUCCCCAUGGGCAUCACGUGCAGGCAUAUCUUGUCUAGGGGUGGGCCAGACCGACGAGUUCGUUGGCCAGAAAGCGGAAAAGAAAUAGUCAAGUGAUGUAAUAGUGUGUACAUAGAUAUCUAGUUGUAUCGUAGUGCUACGAGACGAGAUAAAUCAAACGCAGAACAAAAUAUGUCAAAAAGUGCUAAAUUAUGUAAAAAAUGAAACCCGAGUAUUAAUAUGAGUUGUUAAGGAUAACAUUACAUACACUCACAUACACACUCACACAGGUGAAGAUGGGAGGAAAAAUAUUUGUGAUAUUGUAUUAUAAGUUUUAAUGAUAAUAAAGCAGAAAAUGACAGCAGAUAUAGUAUGAAAUAAUGACACAUAUAAUCGAGGAAUGCUACAAAACUACCACUACAAACUACUAGCUACUAUCGCAGCCACAAAUACUACACACACAAACACAAACAAACUCGAAUGCAAUGUAUAAGGAAUAUAGUUCAACUGUAAUGUAUGGUAAUGAUAGAACACCUGCAUUUUAAUUACAGUUUUCAAAUAUUUAAAUUGCUGAUAGUUAGAACGAAAUAAACAGAAAACGUUGUAUUUUCAAACGAAAAUAAAAUUUCUUGUCAUGUUUUUCUGUGUUGAUUUAUUAGGUUUGUAUUUUUUUUUCUUAACAUCGAUCAAAGAAAACCGCGAGAGCAUCAAAAUUAGAACUAAUUCAGCAGCAGGCAGUAGUUCGUGUCCAUGUACAUUUUUCUGAUUAAUCAUUAUUUAAAUUAUUUAUUGCUAUUUAAUGGACGGCCGUUUUAUCAACAAACAACGUAAUGUGUAUCCUAGAAUGGAAAAUAACUGUUGGUUUAAUGUAUAGAGCUUUUUGGAAAAAUACGCGAAAACAAAAUAAAGAAAGCAGAAAAAGGGACUGAUAUAAGCAAAUAUUAGUGUUAAUAAAGAAGGAGCAAACUAUGCAGCUAUGGACGAGAUAAAGAUUUUUCGCUCUGUAAAUAUUGAUGCCUCUCUAUCAGUGAAGGGAAAUGUUUAUAUAGAUACAAAAACAGGCAAACAAACACACAACUAUGUAAAAAGUAUUAAUGUUAAGAAGGAACCGCUACAGAUGGAACAAAAAACGCUAUCAAACCUAUCAUAAAACAAAUGGCGAACGAAGGUAAACAGAACAAACCGUGUGACCAGACUGACUAAUUAGAAUGUUACACCUUACCUGUGCAUAGGGUACGCGGGAUGAAAUUACAAAUUGACAAAAUAAAACAAAACACGUGAAAUUGAAGCUUCUUAUUUCUGUGAGUCAAAAGCAAAAGCUACACAUAAAAACAAAACAUAUAGAAAAUCGAAAAAAAUAAAUAAAACGAAAAAAUUAAUUAAUCAAAAUAAAGC